AUGGUUCCGCCUGGAGGAUUUUCUCCUCAUUAUCGGCCCGAGGUCCCUCAGGAUGACGGCCAUAAUUCCCCAGAUCAGAGGCUCAGCUCCCGCAUAGAAAGCUUCAGCGACAUCGCCGAGAUGGAAUUCGGAGGCUAUUACUAUGGUGAAGCUUGUUGCCCGAUUACUUCCAGCCCACCAUCAUCUCCAUCACUUCGGGGACGAGAAUCGUUGGUGUCGCUACCGACGCAGCGGUCCAAUAGCACUCUGGGCAUUGCUAGACUAGAAACCAGAUCGUGGUUCGCAACAACUGAAGAAAAUGCAUACCAACAUAUCAGGGGUUCCACGCUACCUGAUCUGGGACAAAAUACGAGCAUGCGGAGUGUAGACUCUAUUCAACAUGCCGCUGAAGACAUCCUCAUGGCCCAGGCUGUCCCAGAAGACAGAGAGAGCAUGCAUAUCGCCUUGAUACCUGCCGCAGCACCCAUACAUGGAGUAGGGCCUUCGGCAUCAAGUCCUGAAUAUACCGAUCUGGAAAUGUCAAAAUGGCAGGAGCAAGAGAAAGCAGGGAGACUAUCGAAUGGUCUAGGUGUUGGGCUCAAGCCAGAAACAACCAUCCGGGAGGCAGACCUCAUGUCUUCUGAUCGCCAAGUUGCCUCCCCAAGGCUUUCGCGAUCGAUGUCCCUAACCGGACAAAAACCAUUGCUGAGUCGUUCCGCAACCCGCAAAGCACUCGGUCAGGAUACCGCAGACAGAACCGGCCAAGCCGUCCAAGUCAUCAUCGAAGAUCCGGAGUCUGAAGAGGAGGAGGAUUAUGCUCUGCACCAUCGCGACUCAACUGCCGGCUCAAGCUUUACCAAUCGAGAUGCGGUGCAUUCUGAGGAGCUUGCUGACCUGAAGAACGUCAGGACAAAGAGUACAGGCUUGAGACCGAGGGUCCAGCGGACUGAGACUUUCUAUCCUCACCCAGACUGGAAGCCGUUCUCGAUGCGUUGGCCAUACCUCACCAUGCUGAUUUUCCUCUCGAUCGCACUCGCCGGUCUGACGGAAGCACUCUACCAGUCAUCUGCCAGGAAACCGUUGGUGUCUUUCAACACACCACAGGAGAUCAAGCCAGGCGUGUACUUUGUGAUCAAGUUUCUUCCGACCAUCGUGGCUGUGACCUAUGGUGUAUUGUGGCAGGUCACCGAUUUUGAGGUCAGGAGGCUGGAGGCCUUCCACCAACUUUCGAAGGAAGGGGGUGCGACGGCCGCGGAGACACUGAACGUGGACUACAUCACCAAUCUCAGCUUCUUGAGGCCAUUACAUGCAUUCCGCCUGUGCCACUACGCAGUCACGGUAUCCUCGGUAGCUUCGUUGCUCGCGGUGUCGGCCGUGCCCACACUGACUUCAGCAUGUAUAAUUCUCACUCCAGACCGCAAGGAACGAACCCAACACCCUGAAGGGACAAAAAAUAUUCUGGUCGACCCGACAUGGUCGCGGGUACUGGAAGUGGUACUUUUGCUCAUUGCCUUGAUGGGAGGGGUCCUCUUCGCCCAGCUAAGAUCACGUCGAUCCGGCCUCCUUGCCGAUGUUAAGGGAAUAGCUGGCCUAGCAGCCAUGGCGAACGUCUCGCACAUUCUCAUGGACUUCAAAGACACGGACGUUGCGACCCACAAGGACAUCCACCAGAAACUGGCACAUAAUCGUUACAUCCUUCGGAACUCGUCUCUUGCGCCCUUGCCGGCUGGGGAGAACGGCCCCUCGACCGCGCGGGAAGAUGACCACGGCGCCAGUGGCUCGAGGAGGAGCAGCGUCGAGCACAAGUUCCACCUCUCACUCAACCCGCAUCCCCUCAUGCUCCGCGCAGCAGGAUGCGUCCCCUUCAUCACGGGCAUCCUGCUGUUCGCCGCGCUGCUCCCCAUCCUCCUGUUCACGCCCGCGGGCUACCUGACAGACAAGGCACCCUGGGUAGUCACUGCCCUGGCUGUGUGUAUCAAGCUCGCAUGGGGCGCGGUCGACACCAACGUGAGGAUGAUCGAGCCCUUCUUCAUCCUGUACAAGCGGCACGCGCCGCCCAAGACGCUCACGCUCGACUACACUGCCAUGCCUUUCGCUUGGGUAGCGCUCAAGGCACUGCUGAACAGGCACUGGCUGGUCUUCGCCGUGGGAUUCGGCACCAUCAUGACGGAGGUGUUGACCGUGCUGGUGACGAGCCUCGCGACGGUGGAGGGUAAAGAAUUCGCGAGGAUGAUCAGGGAUCACCGUGGGGGCAUGAGUGACGGCGGCGGCGACAUCCGAGGCGGCCAGGAGACGGCCGGCUCGUUUUGGAUCUCGUUCGGCCUGGCCACAUUCAUCCUACUAUACAUGGGGGCCGUGGCCACGGUGGUGUUCGUGCGCCGUCGUAAGCCAUUCCUACCGCGCCAACCAAACACCAUCGCCAGCGUACUGGCUUUCAUACACCAGUCCAAAAUGCUGUGGAGCUUCGUCGGAACAGAAAAGCUGGGCAACAGGGAGAUUCUCCAGUUCCUGGAUGAGGUGGGUCAGACAUACGGGCUGGGCUGGUUUGAGGGGCGUGACGGCCGGGAGCACUGUGGGAUUGACCAGGAGGAGCUCAAGACUUCUUACCGCCACGGGCUAGACUACAGCCGGAGUAAUAAGCCGUGGGUAGAGACCUUCAGUGAGUGGCUAUGA